GGCCGCACUUCCGCCUGGGUGUCAGUGGGUUGCGGGCUGAGCGCCGCGGGGCCGGGGGCGGGGCAGGGCGGCCGUGGGGUCGGCGGGCGCUGCUGGGAACCGCGUGCAGAGCCGGAGCGAGCCUUCACGCUGCGUGCCGGGCGGCUGUCGGCGCUGCGCAGAACCGGCCCUCCGCGCCCCGUGGGCCCCGCAGAUUUCCAGUGUUCACACAACUUCUACACAAAUAUAGCUCAGAUGUGAUCCAGUAGGAAGACCAAACCCCAGAACAGCGACAGCCUGGUCACUGAAGGAUGAACGGGGAGGAAGAAUUCUUUGAUGCCGUCACAGGCUUUGAUUCUGAUAACUCUACAGGGGACUUUUCAGAGACAAAUAAAAUCAGUGGUAUGAUUGAUUUGGAUACCAGCAAAAAUACUAGGAGUGGGAAAAGUGGGGAGAGACCAUCACAAGAGAAUGGAAUUCAAAAGCACAGGACAGCCCUUCCUGCACCCAUGUUCACCAGAAGCAAUUUCAGCGUGUGGAGUAUCCUGAAGAAGUGCAUUGGUUUGGAGCUGUCCAAGAUUACGAUGCCAAUUGCCUUCAAUGAGCCACUGAGCUUCCUGCAGCGGAUCACUGAGUACAUGGAGCAUGUGUACCUCAUUCACAAAGCUUCGAGUCAAACCCAGACCCUGGAGAGGAUGCAGUCUGUAGCUGCCUUUGCAGUCUCGGCUGUGGCUUCCCAGUGGGAGAGAACUGGCAAACCCUUCAACCCACUCCUGGGGGAGACAUAUGAGUUGAUCAGGGAAGACUUAGGGUUCAGAUUUAUAUCUGAACAGGUCAGUCACCACCCUCCUAUUAGUGCAUUUUAUUCAGAAGGUCUCGACCAAGACUUCAUGUUCCAUGGUUCCAUCUACCCAAAGCUGAAGUUUUGGGGCAAGAGUGUCGAGGCAGAGCCCCGGGGGACCAUCACACUGGAGCUUCUCAAACAUAAUGAAGCCUACACGUGGACCAACCCCACCUGCUGUGUGCACAAUGUCAUCCUUGGGCAGCUAUGGAUCGAACAGUAUGGGAUAGUGGAGAUCCUAAAUCACAGAACUGGAGAUAAGUGUAUACUUCACUUCAAGCCAUGUGGACUGUUUGGAAAGGAACUUCACAGAGUAGAAGGGUACAUUCAAGACAAAAACAGGAAGAAGCUCUUUAUAAUUUACGGCAAGUGGACGGAAUGCUUGUGGGGCAUCGACCCUGCUUCCUACGAAUCCUUUAAGAAACAUGAAAGGAGAGGUGACCACCCCAGGAAAGCCAAGAUGGAUGAUGGCCCUGGGAGAGCUAACAGUGACGUGCCUGGUGAUAUGGCAGACGAUGUUCCUGAGGCUCAGGAGACUGUGCAAGUCAUCCCUGGCAGUAAGCUACUCUGGAGGAUCAACAGCCGGCCCCCCAACUCAGCUCAGAUGUACAACUUCACCAGCUUCACUGUGAGCCUCAAUGAACUGGCGUCAGGCAUGGAGAAGACCCUGCCACCCACAGACUGCCGCCUCCGCCCUGACAUCCGUGGGAUGGAGAAUGGCAACAUGGAUCUGGCCAGCCAGGAGAAGGAGCGGCUAGAGGAAAAGCAGAGAGAGGCCAGAAAGGAACGUGCCAAAGAGGAAGCAGAGUGGCGGACCAGGUGGUUCUACCCAGGCGCUAACCCCUACACAGGAACUCCAGACUGGUUGUAUGCCGGGGAUUACUUUGAGCGUAAUUUCUCAGACUGCCCAGACAUCUACUAAGUGAGGCCCGGAAGCCCAGGAGGAGGCCUGUGAGGUUGGGCUCCAUGAGUGGCACUCUGAGCUUCACGGCGGCAGACACCAGCUUUUUCAGCCGCGGUUUGUGGAGAUGACCGCAAACCUGAUGGAGGACUUCCGUUAGCCUCUGCCCAGCACUUCACUAUGUCACAGCCCCUUUGUGAAGCUCCACUUGGGUCUUCACAUUCACUGAGGCCUCAGGAGAACUCCCCAAUCUUUUUCACACAUGACGGAAGUGCACAAGGCCAGCUGAGCUGGCAGCGCUGUUUAGUGUGUGACUGAGGAAGAACCAACAGGGCCUGUGUGGUCCUCUCAAGCCUGUGAUGUGGGUCUCUGGAAGAGUUCCAAACUCAGACCCAAAGGAGGAGGGGAGCAUGGAUCCUGCAAGUAGGCUGUAGGCCAGGUCCUCUUCGUCGUGGAGGGCACCCACAGAAUGAAGUGACAAGUUGCCAGACUCUGUAUUUUCUACCAAUCUGAAUAAGGCAAAGAUUACUUUAGAAAAUAUUUAAAUUGAAACUACUUGAAUGUUCUUGCUGAAGAGUAGCAAACACAUUAAUCACCACUGUGUACUAUCCAAAAAGUGUCCCUGUGACAAGCGAGAGUGACAGGAACACUGUGACUUGGAUGAGAAACCCCAGGGCUGCUCCCAGCCUCCCAGGAGGCCCUGCCUGUGGCCAUGGCACUCCCACAGCCUCACUGUCACUGUGGACCUCUCCUGUCUCUGAGGGGUCAAUUCUUUACUCACCUUGCCUGUGUCGUGUGUCUCCCGUCCCGUCCCCGUCCCCCCCACCCCACCCCUCAUUUCCUGCAGUCUAGCGUUUGGUUUCCCCAGCAUGCAUGUUCUAGCCCAGGCAAACCCCAUCCGGGGUUCUGCACAGUGGGAGGUCAGAAGCAGGGUCUACUUAUCUAGUGUCAUUAAAAUUGUUUAAACGCAAGUAGGUGUGUCCAUCUCUGCAUCCUGUCAAGUGAUGGACUUUGUGUAGAAACGGUGACACCAAGAGUCACAGUGGAGCUCUUUGCAUCAAAGACAAUCUACUGUGCGCACAUACCUGUGCUCUGGCACAUGUGCACACCUGUGUAUUCUAUAGAGUGUGAGUCACUACAUCAGGCACUUCUGAAUGAGAAGGGAUUCUUACUGUGUCCAGGCUUCUGAACCGUCUCUGUCAUUAAAACACUUUGAAAAGCCAA